GAGCUCCAGCCCCACAGACACCCCCCAGCCCCAUAACAGCCCCCUGACCCCCCCAGCACUCCCUGAGCUCCCCCCAGCCCCAUAACAGCCCCCUGACACCCCCAGCAUCCCCUGACCCCCCAGCCCCAUAACAGCCACCUGACCCCCCCAGCCACCGCCUGACCCCCCCCAGCCCCAUAACAGCCCCCUGACCCCCCCCAGCCACCCCCUGACCCCCCCCAGCCCCAUAACAUUCCCCUUUCCCCUGACCCCCCCAGGAUCCCCUGUGCCCCCCCAGCCCCAUAACAGCCCCCCGACCCCCCCCUUUGUCCCCCCGCUGCCCCCGGGCACUUUGUUGCCCCCCAGCCCCACACCGGAGGGGGUGUGACGGUGACACGACCCCCCCUCCCCACGCUGAGGGUCCCGGCCCCGCGCCCCCCCCCCCGGCGAGGCCGUGCCCCCCCCCCCGAUCCGCCGCGGAGGGGUACGGGGGGCGGGGGGGCCGUGCUGAGGCCGCGGGAGCUGGAACUACUUUGGCACCGGGAGGCGGCGGGAGCGGCCGGCGGCGCUUUGUGUGGGCUCGGGACCCCCCGACCGCCCCCCUGCCCGCGCCCGCCCUCCCCUCCCUCCGCCCCCCCUCAGCUUUGCCCCCUAUUUCGGGGGGUCCUCCCUCCUCCUUUCGGCGACCCUUCCGCCCCGCACCGCGUCCCCCCCCUCCCCAAAUUCCCACGCCCCCUCCCCAAAUCCCCGGGGCCGGGUUAAAGUUUGGCGAGGGGCUGCGGGGCUCAGCCCACCCCCCGCACCCAGCGGGGCCUCCGGGGGUCCCCCCGGGGGUCUGGGGGGGUCCCCAACCCCCCCGGCCCGGCGAUGCCGUCGGUGAUGGAGAAGCCCUCGGGGAUCCUGUCCCGCAGCCGGGCCAAGGCGGGGGCGGCCGCGGGACCCCCCCCCUCGGAGGACGAGGCCAGCGAGGACGAGCACGCCCACGACAGCAUGAUCCGGGUGGGCGCCGAUUACCAGGCGGUGAUUCCCGACUGCAAGCCAGAGAGCCCCGCUCGGUACAGCAACAAGGAGCUGAAGGGGAUGCUGGUCUGGGCCCCCAACCACUGUGUGUCUGAUGCCAAACUGGACAGGUACAUCGCCAUGGCCAAGGACAAGCACGGCUACAACAUCGAGCAGGCCCUGGGGAUGCUGCUGUGGCACAAGCACGACGUGGAGAAGUCCCUGGCCGACCUGGCCAACUUCACGCCCUUCCCGGACGAGUGGACGGUGGAGGACAAGGUGCUGUUCGAGCAGGCCUUCAGCUUCCACGGCAAGAGCUUCGCCCGCAUCCAGCAGAUGCUCCCGGACAAGCUCAUUCCCAGCCUGGUCAAGUACUACUACUCCUGGAAGAAGACCCGGUCCCGCACCAGCGUCAUGGAUCGCCAGGCCCGGCGCCUGCUGGGGCGGCGCGACCGCGACGACAGCAACGAUGAGACUGACGAGCACCGACCCCCCCCCGACGGGGACACGGAGCCCAUGGACCCCAAAAAAGAGCCCCCGUGCCCGCGGGCGGGGCCGCGCAAGGAGCCGCAGUACCGGCACCACCCCCCCCUGCGGCAGCGGCGCCGCCCCCCCCGCGGGAUGCGCCUGAGCCGCGAGGACGUGGCCGAGGUGACGGCCAACCCCGACCUGGGGGCCCGCGCCCUGCGCCAGCUCGACUGCCAGCUCGUGGCACUCAAACGGCAGGUGCAGCGGAUCAAGCAGAUCAACAGCGGGCUCAGGCAGGCGCUGGACGGGGGCCUGGAGGGGCUGCGGCCCCCCGAGGGCAACGGCAAGUUCAGCUCCCGCUGGACGACGGACGAGCAGCUGCUGGUGGUGCAGGCCCUGCGCCGUUACGGCCGCGAUUUCCCGGCGGUGGCCGCGGUUCUGGGGAACAAAACGGCCGCUCAGGUUCGGAGCUUCGUGUUGGGGCCCCGGCGCCGCCUCGGCCUCGAGCGGCUCCUGCGGGAGCGGCAGCGCCGGGGGGAGCCCCCCACGGCCCCCCCCGGGGAGGGGGACGACGAUGAGGAGGUGCAGAUCACAGGGGUCUCCUGCCCGGCCCCACCCCCUCCGCCCACCUCGGCCCCGCCCCCCAUCGCGGCCGCCGCCCCAUCACGGCCACCAGCCCCGCCCCCUCUGCUGCGCCCGGCCCCGCCCCCGGCCCCACCCCCUCGGCCCCUCCCGCGGCUGCCACCUCCGCUGCAGCCGGGCCGGGCCCCGCCCCCUCUGCUCGGCCCCGCCCACAGCACCCGGCCACGCCCCCCCACCGCUGGACACGCCCCCCCCACGCUGAGCGCCCCCUGCUGGGCCGGGGGACUCGCGGCUCCCAGGGGGGGGGUCCCGGGGGGUCCCUGGACUUUGGGGGGGUCCCGGGGGGGUGGGGAGGGGCCCGUUUGCAAUAAAGGUAUUUUACUAGAGAGGCUGCGAGUGCAGGGGGCACUGGGAGGGGCACUGGGAACAGGGGCCAUACUGGGAGCACUGGUCAGUACUGGGAGCACUGGUCAGUACUGGGAGCGCCACUCAAAGGCAACGGAUCUUUCUGGAAAGCCCUGGACCCCCCAGAACGUCCCCAGAGGUCCCAGGCCCAUCCAGGUGACCGUGGGUCCAUCCAGGACGUCCCCCUGA